AAAUCCGAGUUGAAGUCAAAAGUAUGGAUCACUUACCAUGUAACUCCCACGUUGACGACGACGACGACCAUGGAUGGACGAAAGUUGUGUCCCGGAAGAAAAGAGUUUCCGGCACGAAUGAACGACGGAUCCUGUCGGCGGAGAUGGUUUCUGCUGAUGUAAAGAACGAAACGAACAGUACUGCCGGGACUGCGGCGGCGGCGAGGAAGAAUGAGAAUCUGACUAAAACCUAAAAGCCGAAACAAAACAAGGAGAAGAAACCUAUAGUGUCUUUGUCCGAAGCUAUGGCAAAGAUCGAUCAUUCACGUCUUACGUCUUUCCUCGUCGUAUCAGUGGAAUCGUAUUCGGAUGAGCCAGAGACUCAGCUAUUGAGAUUUAUGGAUUACAUCGGAAGAGAACUUACCGAGGUGCAAUUUCCAUGGCUGAAGAUAUUUCCUUUGAAGGGUCUUUGGCCUAAGCUGAUAGAUGUCAUCGAUGUUCCGUUGUGUGAUAUUCCUGAACCUAUCUACAAAACAUCAGUCAAUUGGAUCAACCAAGUUCCAAUUUGGACACUCGUUGGCUUUGUAUUGUGGGCGUUUGAUUGUACUAUCAAUCAUUUGGUAGCGCAGCAAGAAGGUCCCAAAGCUGGCAAGAUUGGUGAACAACCUACUUCUCCCAAACCUCAUAUUCCAGUGUUUGUUACAUUAGCAAUGGUAUUGCGUGAGAAACCUGAAGCUUUGACAUAUGCAUUGCCGAUUCUUAGGGAGAGUCGUUAUGUUCAAGGACAGGACAAGCUUCCGCUUACAGUUUGGAUGAUCGCUCAGGCCUCCGAGGGUUAUUUAAGUGCAGGCUUGUAUUCAUGGGCGCGUAACUUGUUACCAGUGGUCGGUAAUACAAACUGUAAACCUCAGUCAAGGGAUCUUAUCUUGCAGUUGAUUGAGAAAGUUUUGUCGGAUCCAGAGGCUUGGUCAAUGCGUAGGUAUCAAAUUAUUGGGGUGGGAGAGCGUAUGAUUCCACCUCCUUCAUUUGAGAUCUUGCUGCGGCUUACAUUCCCUACUUCAUCCGCGAGGGUAAAAGCUACAGAGAGGUUUGAGGCAAUUUAUCCGUUGCUGAAAGAAUUGGCCCUUGCGGGUUCACCACGAAGGAAAGCAAUGAAACAAGUCAUCGAACAGAUAUUCAUUUUGACUUUGAAAUUAGCUGGAGAAGGAAACCCUGCUUUAGCCAAGGAAGCUACAUCAAUAGCUAUCUGGUCUGUGACCGAGAAUAUUGAUUGCUGCAAGCAGUGGAACAAUCUCUAUAAGGAGAAUCUAGAAGCUAGUGUUGCUCUCCUUAAACAACUUGUGGACCAAUGGAAGGAUCAUUCCCUCAAACUAACAUCGUCACAGAUAUAUACUCUCACUCUCAGUCAAACUAUGAAGAGCUUCAGGCUAAAAAAUGAAAAAGGCAUCAAUGAAGGAAGAGGCAAUGCUUCUCUUUACAAAGAAGCUGACGAGUCCUGCAAAUUAAUAUCGCAGAGACUCACCCGUAAAAGCUACUACAACCGUUACUGCAUCAAAGCUACUGCUGUGGUUCUAGCUGCUGCAGGAGCCACUGCUGCUGUUGUUCUAUCUUGGCUACAACCGAGCUUAAGCACUUUCGUGAACUCAUUGGAUCCGCACCUAUCUACGGCAAUGUAAUCACCACAGCUUUAAACAACUUAAUAGCACAAAUAGAAAAGAAAGAUUUAUUAUUGUUUUUUUUUUUUGAACUAAGAAAAGAAAGAUUUAUAAUAUU